UCUCCACAUUCCUCCUCACAACCUCUCUCUCUCCCUCUCUCUCAUAACUCAUUUCUUUCUCUCCAUCUCUUCCUACCCAUUCUUUCAUUUGGAACUUGUUGAUUUCUGCUCCUCUUUCAGGGCACUUGUUUGCUAUCUUACUAGGGUUUACCCUACAAUUUGCGUGUGACCUAAACCUAAACAACCCAAAUGGCGGUUUCUGGUUUUGAAGGGUUCGAGAAGCGUUUGGAGCUGCACUUCUCUGGGGACGACCGUAAAAAUGUAGGGUCGUCGUUCGGUCUUGGUCUUCGCCUCCUUGACUUCGAGUCCUUGCAACAUGUCCUACAUGCCGUACAAUGCACUGUGGUCUCGGCCGUAGCCAAUCACUACUUCGACGCCUACGUGUUAUCCGAGUCCAGCCUCUUCGUCUACCCUACCAAGAUCAUCAUCAAGACCUGUGGGACCACCCAGCUCCUCAAAUCUAUCCCUCCACUUCUCCGCCAUGCGUCGCUAGAUCUCGGCCUCACCCUCGUCUUCUGCCGCUACACCCGCGGUAACUUUAUCUUCCCCAAUGCCCAGCCUUUUCCCUACACCAACUUCCAAAACGAGGUCGUUUAUUUGGAGGAAUCUCUUCCCGACAGUCUCUGCUACCGCAAGGCAAACGUCAUGCCCUCCAAAACCCCCUCACAUGCAUGGCACGUGUUCUCCGCAUCCACAGAAAACACGAAAUGUGCUUUUGGAGAAGACGACAGCGACGGCGGACUGUUCACACUCGAAAUCUGCAUGACCGAGCUCGACCGCGACCUCGCCCGCAAUUUCUUCCUCCGUCCCGGCACCGAAUACGACGGUGACUCCGCCGGCAAAGAAAUGACUGCGCUCACUGGAAUAUCCGGAAUUAACCCUCGUGCUCUGAUCUGCGAUUUCGCAUUCGACCCCUGCGGGUACUCCAUGAACGGUAUCUACGGGAACCGCCACUCCACCAUCCACGUCACCCCGGAAGACGGCUACAGCUACGCGAGCUUCGAGUGCGUGGGAUCGGUCUACGACGAUCGAGACGACGUUGUUCGGGUGCUGAAGAAGGUCGUCCAAAUCUUCAGGCCGGCGACGAUGUCGGUAUCGACCACGUGUGCGAGCCACGAGGUGUGGAUGCGUGUCGCGGGGGCAUUGGAGCCGCUUGGACUGAAGUGCCGGAGUUGCUCCGUGGACGAGUUUCCCGCCUCCGGUAACGUCGUGUACCAAACGUUCGUCGAUCGUCGGAGUAAGAAAAAUAAUAAUAAGUAGGAUUAAAUCGUAAUUAAGUGGGGUUUUUCUUCUAAAUUUAAUUAGAAAUUUAGCGGAAAAAUUUAGAGCGAUUGUACGGUGGAGGUACGAGGAGAAAGAAGGUAUCGAAUGUGGGAGUUGUGGGGAUAGGCAGUAGAGACGACGUGGAAGCAUCGCGUAUUAGUUAGCACGAUGUAAUGCACCCCACUUAGGAUUGCCACGCCUAAGAUUUUUAGGUUGUUUUUUGUCUGGUAGUGGGGUACAUCAAAAUUAAGUGCCAAAUGUUGAGAGGGAUGUUUACUUAGAGUUUCUUUCUUCUAUCUUCUCAAGAUUUCUAUUCUUUUCAUUUUCCUUUUCCCCGAUCCUUUCGGAUUUCCUGUUUAAUUCUCCAUAUCUUUGUCUCAC